AUGGGGACUCUCCUGAAUGUUCAGGUACUGGAUGGUGUCAUCAGACAGCAGAGGCUAGAGGAAAUAGGUCCCCUCACACGGGGCGACUUUAAGCCUGGGCUGGGAGUGAUGUCAUCUAUUGUGGCCUGGAUCUGGAAGGCCUCCUAUACCCUGGGUCCCCUUGACCAGAAGUUCAGUUGGGAGCAGCUUUCAGAGCUGGAAGCAUACUUCAAGAUGGAACCAUACCCAGACCUCCAGGCUCGAAAGAUCAUGGCCACCAGACUGAAACUGAAAGAGGAACAAGUUGAGGCUUGGUUCAUCCAGAGAUCCUUGGAGGAGGAGAUGCGGCCCCCCUUGGCCAGGCUGCAGCAGUCUGCCCGGGAUGAUACCUCUUCUCCUUCCCACAAAGCCCUCUGCUGCAGGCCACCAAGCUGGAAGUACAGGCUCAUUCCCAUCAAUCCCCCUGAGUCCUCGACCAGCUGUAAGCACAGUUGCUGAUCCUCCUUCCCCAUGGGCCACUCCAACAUGUACCACAAAAACUGUUUCCCCAAUUCCCCACCCCCUAUCAGAGGCCUGGCUGCACCAAACUCAUCAAAUGGUGGAUGCCUCUCAGAACCCUCAGGGUCAAUGUUUGAAUACCUGGGUGCCAGGACAGAUGACAU